AUGACCGCGGAUGGCCGCUCUCCACUCCCGAUCUUAUCGCUCAACUGCUCCUCUCUAUCACUUGAGUAUGGCCCGACAUACACGUCUGUCCUCCAAUUUCCGCCAAUAACUUCCAAUCUCACACCAAAGACAAAAAGCACAAAAGUAAAAACACUCUCGGCCCAGCCCGAACAUCUCAAGAUCGACGCGAACCCAUCAACAUUCCACGCCCGGAAUCCGAACUUCCGACGCCCGAAUGCAUACAUCCACAGCAAACCCCGUCAAAUCCCCGACUCCAAAUCUCUCGCUGACGGGAUCUCGACUCGCCUAUACCGGGAUCUACCCGUGGACGCUGCUUUCCACUUGUGUCAGCCCGUUCGGUUUCGGCGACCUCCACUGCGGAUGGAGCCUGCGCGGAGAGCUGCGAUCGUGGCAUGGAUGUGCUCACUUGUUACUGACGGAUAG